UCUCACACACAAUAAGAAAAAAAAAAAAGGAAAAGGAGAGAGUUCUCUCUAUUGUCAUUUGCAGAGAAAGCUACUUCACUCCUUUUUUCUCCCUUGCUUUGUGCUCCGUCUCCCUGAGCCCUACAUUUUUGUUUCAAUCGACAGGGAACCGCUUUGUUGCUUGCUUUUGGGAGCAUCUUCUUUGCCUAAUUUUCCUUUGGAUUUCCUUCGGGGUUGAAGAAGCCGGCCUUUAUGGGUGCGGCAGAAUCUUGACCCGAUCGUUUUAUGGUGGAUUUGGAGCUAUUCCGUGAAUGAAUCUGUGUUUUAUGCUGUGGCUUUGUUUGUUAUGGGGAAGAAUACCGAUGAGGAGCAGAAUCUCCCUGGUGACGACGGAGCUGCUACUACGGCUAGGAUUAACGGAUGCUCCGGCUGUUUCUCCGCUCGGAUCUCUAGAUGCUUUAGUCUCAGAUGCGUUUUGAUUCUCGCUUUUUCUGCUGCUCUGUUUCUCUCCGCUUUGUUUUUGUUGCCUCCAUUCCUCGGAUUAACAGAUCGUGAUGAUCUAGAUCUCGAUCCAAGGUUUAAAGAUCACAGGAUAGUGGCGAGUUUUGUUGUUGGAAAACCAGUUUCGUUCUUGGAAGACAAUUUGUUGCAGCUUGAGAAUGAUAUCACCGAUGAAAUAAGCUUUCCCAUGACCAAAGCUGUGGUGUUAGCCCUUGAACGCUUGGGUAAUCUUAACAGAACGAUGGUUAUUUUUGCCAUCGAUCCCGAGAAAAAGAAUACUAAGAUACCUGCCGAAAUUGAGAGUCUGAUAAAGGCAGCUUUUGAAACUCUGGUCCAAAAGCAGUUGUCUUUCCGCUUGACUGAAUCCUUGUUCGGGCAACCCUUCUUUUUUGAAGUGCUAAAAUUCCCAGGAGGAAUCACUGUGAUCCCUCCCCAGCCUAUAUUCCCCUUGCAGAAAGCGCAGAUUCUCUUCAACUUCACACUAAACUUUUCGAUAUACCAAAUUCAGUUAAACUUUGAGGAACUCACUAGUCAGCUGAAGAAGGGUAUUAAUCUGGCUCCCUAUGAGAACUUGUACAUAACCUUGUCAAAUACUAGAGGCUCAACGGUGGCGCCUCCUACAAUAGUUCAUUCUUCUGUUCUACUCACUUUCGGUACCUCUUCAAGGUUGAAGCAGCUUGCUCAAACCAUCACUAGCUCUCAUUCCAAAAACCUUGGCCUAAACCACACUGUAUUUGGUAAGGUUAAGCAAGUCCGUCUUUCCUCAUUCUUGCCACAUUCACCCGCCAUAUCAUCACCCCCUUCCCCUUCCCCUUCCCCUUCUCCUCAACCUGAAACCAGCCAACAAUACUACCAUCAUCACCACCAUCAUCACCAUCACCACCACCAUCAUGAUCGUGCUCCGGAACCUUCACCUGCAACUAAGAGCUUCACACCUGCAACUAAGAGUUUUGCACCUGCAUCAGCGCCAACCAAGCACUCACCUUUACCCCCGAGAAACCCGCCUUGCCCUUACGAGCAGAGGAGACCUAAAGGAAACAAUGCUCUGAAUCAUCACACUGCACCACCAACGCCUGCACCGCACCGGUCUAAGUCACACACACCAGCGCCAAACCCGACCCCGCCACAUCAUCAUGCCAUCCCAGUAUCUAGUCCACUUCCCAACGUCGUAUUUGCUCAUAUCCCCCCUCCAUCGAGAAACACCCCACAAUCACAACCAACCGGUGAAAAAACUCCUGCACCUUCUCCUACUCCAUCUUCGGCGAGCAUUGGUCCAACCUUCAAUAGGGCAUCAUCGAAGCUGCUUGUAAUAGCAGCUGUUGUAAUCAUCUGUCUGUAAAACCAAAAAAAAAGAAAAAAAAAAAAAAGAAGAGAAAAGCGCCGGAAGAAACUGCUUUUAACGUUCAAGCUGUAAAAAGAGUAGCAGCAGUUCACAAAAGCAGAACUCAUUCGGUCACAACAUCAAGGUAAUUGUAUAAAGGAACAAAAGGAAGAAAAAAAAAUGUAUGUAUGAAAAAUGAAGAGAGUUUUUUUGUAAAAGAGUUGUUGAGGUUUGCAGCACAAAAGUGUGUCUUGCACCUAACAUCCGAGAAAAAGAAAACUUAAAUAUAUAAACCUUUCUGUUUUUAUUUUGUUGUAUAUAAAGUAAUUUUGUUACAU